AACAACAACGCCAGAAGAAGAAGAAGACUUCCGGUCGUGAAGGUGACAGUAAUGGCGGCGGCGGUGGUUCGUGGAAUCGGCUCAAAUCUGUCCAAAAACCUGCGGGAGGUCCGCCUGCAUUUAUGUCAGAUAUCAGCGGCCAGUCAGGGAACCAGGGAUUUUAUUGAGCAGCAUUAUGUGACAAUAAAGAAGGCAAACCCGGAGUUCCCCAUCCUGAUCCGAGAGUGCUCCGGAGUUCAGCCCGUGCUCUGGGCACGAUAUGGUUUUGGCAAAGAACGCAGCGUUUCUCUGGACAACAUGAACGCCGACCAAGUGGCCAAAGCUCUGGAAUCUGUAGUGAAUGCAAAGCCCUGAGUAAAUGUCCUGAUGUAAUAUAAUGUAAAUGUUAUUUGUGUCCAAAACUGAAAAUAAAUGUGUGUUCAAAAGGUG